GAACAAAAUCAUAGUGUUGCAAAUGCGGUGGUGAUAGAUGAAAAACAAACAGAAUUCUCAUUGGCAAUAGUCGGCGCCGCGGCCGCUCGCUUGUGCCGACACGGCCGCGCCGGGUGCACCCGCACGGAGUAGGGACUAGAACGUCUCGCUGUGACGUCACUGCCGCGCGUAAUUGCUUCCAUUGAGCCGAGCGCGCGCGAACAUAACCGACAACGCCCGAACGCCGGCGGACCGAAGCCAACCAGUGCUACAUCUUUUCGUUUUCUAGUACGCGGCCGCCCCUGCACACGCACGCUCGCAGCGGUUAUGUCUGCCGUAUAAUAAAAUUAUUCCUGUGUUGUCGUCGGAGACCUUCGUAUAGUGUAGUGAACAUCGCUGUGAAUGCAAUUUCGCGUUCAGAGGCUCAUAAUCGAACGCCUUUUCGUGAGUGCAAUACCGUUACCCGCGCAGUGUAGUGUUUAUGCAUAACGUUUUCCAUUUCGACCUCGUUUACGUGCUUGUGAUUUUACUGGAUGCGAGUCAGGCUUUCCGGCUUUCUAUCGGGCGCAUACCAGGACCGGGACAUCCAAUCGAUGAGGCGCCCCGUUCCCGCUGGAUGACAGCUCGCACAUUGAUCGGGUUCGAUCCAACCGAAUGGUGAUUGGAUGACGAUCUCGUCGCGCUCCCCAGACAAGGAGCCAUCGCCGCCAAAGCAGAUAAACCUCGCAGAGCCGCUGGUCGAGUCGGUGCGAGUAUACCUCGCCAAUGAGCUGCCGGCCAAGCAGCUAGCGCUGGUGCCGCGAGCGCCCUCGCCGCCGCCGACGCCGCGCGCCUCGCCGCCGCUCUGCGAUGUGGACAUAGCCGCACACACCGCGCACGACGAGAUCAAAGGCAUCAACUUCGAGGCGCGCCUCAAGCGGAAUGACCUGAACAACAACGCGGCGCGACAACACAGCGACCCGCGACCGCCCGACAUGCCCAGCCAGGCCGAGCUCAUGCAGCGCCAGCCGCUGCUGGCGCGCACCGUGAAGGCGGACGCGCCGCAGCCCACCACGGACGAGUCCGACCCCGACCAGGACCACUCGCCGCAGCGCGCGCACGCCGGCGACUUCAUCGUCGAGAUCCCGCCCGGCGCCGUCAGGGAGGAGAGGUAUCCCAAGGAAAUAUGGAAAACUAUUAUAUCAUUCUUCUUCCUGUUUAUGUGCGUCUGUGUAAAUAUGAUGUCGCUGUCACUAGUGCACGAAAGACUGCCAGAUAGAAAUACGACGCCGCCGCUCAACGACAUCAUAUUAGAUAACGUCGGCGCCAGAGACUGGGGGCUCGCCGUCUCCGAGUACCUUAUAAUGAUAUCAACCACAGUCGCCAUGCUCGUGGUCGUCUUCCACAAGCAUCGGUUCAUCGUGGCGAGACGGCUAUUCUUCAUAAUCGGCCUACUGUACCUGUACCGGUCAGUCACCAUGUUUGUGACUGUGCUUCCGGUGUCAAGCACCACCUACUACUGUAGCCCCAAGAGUAAUAACACCACGCCGCUACUAGUCAUCAAGAGAAUGUUCUACUUAAUAUCCGGGUUCGGAUUAUCAAUAAACGGCAAACACACGUACUGCGGCGACUACAUAUACUCGGGUCACACCAUGGUCCUGGUGUUGAGUUACCUCAUAGUGGCGGAGUACUCGCCGAAGAAGCUGUGGCCGAUGCACUGGGCCAUGUGGGGCUCUGCGCUGCUGGGCGUGUCGUUCGUGCUGCUGGCGCACGGCCACUACACGGUGGACGUGGUGAUCGCGUACUACGUGACCACGCGCCUGUUCUGGACGUUCCACUCGCUGCUGGUGACGCCGCACCGCAGCGGCAACGGCUACAACCACUACAUGAUCCAGCGCGAGUGGUGGUACUGGCUGUUCACGUACCUGGAGCGCAACGUGCGCGGGCCGGUGCCGCGGCGCUACGACUGGCCGCUGCCGUGGCCACGCACCAAGCUCUUCAGUCGGCUCAGCUAGUGACGCGCGCGCGCGACGCUGCCGCCGCCGGAACGCGUAUGACGCUCACCUUUUGCGAGUGCCGCUUGAGGACCUGCAGCUCCUUGGGACUGGUCCGCGUGCAGAUGGCCAGCGUUAGCGUGUAGUCAAACUGAUGCACGAUCAGAUUAAGGUAGACCGUCUCCUCCCAGUCUAUCUCGGGGUCUCCGAUGGGCAGCUUCUUGGAAUCCUUCCGGAACACCUCGACGUCGGUCUGCGAACAGGCGCGCGGGCCGGGUGAGCGGUGGCGCCGCUGCCCCGCGCUGCUAGGCUGUGCUUACAGUGCGCUCGCGACAACCGCGAGGGACAUUCAGUGACCGCUACGUGUCAAAUGUGAUAAUUCGCAAAGUGAGCAUAAUAUUUAUUCCCUCACAACUAUUGCAAACUGUUCUAUACAAAGUGACUACCCUAUGCUUUUAUUGUUGAAUAUAAUUGUAAGAUUUGAUUUUAUUUGACAAAGAACAAUAAUUUAAUCGAUCAAUUAUGUACGGUGAACUGUUGAUAGAAUUUUUGUUUUUGUAAAUUGUAUAGUUUAUAAGUGGUUAUUGAACAACCUCGAAUCAAAGUUAAAACUUACUAAGUAUUUAUUAGAAAAAAAUAUACUGUGAUUAAUGUAUAGUUGGUGACGAGCGAAUGUACGCAAGUAGCACGGACAGUGCCGGGAGUUGCGUAUAAGUACAUGUACUUGUUGUACCAGCAGCCUACUAUAAGAAAUAAUAUUUUUAUAUUGUUUAAAAUAAAGUACAUACAUAACUGUUGUUAA